AUGGCCGAGCCUCCCAAGACUAGUCUCCCCCGGAAGAGCGCCUUCUCAUGCGAGGCCUGUCGCAAACGCAAGGUUAAAUGUAACGGCGCUAGUCCGUCGUGUUCGCGAUGCGCUGCGCGCAGCGAGCAGGUUGCGCAGUUGGAAGAUGCUUUAUCGAAGCGCGGUGAGGGGGAGGAGGUGCGAAAGACGAGAUCGCCGUCGUCGGCUGAGUCCAGCUCGAGCGGACCGAAGAUAAAGAUCGAUCCCGAUGCUGAAGAUCUCACCCGAGCAUUUGAUGGUCUCAAUGUGGAAAAUGACGGUCGCGUCUCAUUUCACGGGCCGACUAGUUUGUUCCAGCUGCCCAGUGGGGUGGUGAGUGAAACGGCGUCGACUUCACAUUACGCGCAGGAAUUGGAGGGUCGCAAAGAGCGGCUUGUUAAUAGCGCAUGGCGGGAGAGGGCAUUCGAGCAAAUGGCUGCUAUGCCGGAGCCUUUCCAGUAUCUUCUCGACUCGCAUUGGUGCUGGAUCCAGCCGCUGUGGAAUUUCGUCUACCGUCCUGCAUUUACACGCGAUAUGAAAAUUAACGGGGCUUAUUACUCGGACGUCUUAUUAAAUGCCAUUCUUUCUCACUCGGUACGCUGGUGCAAAGCCGAGCCUCAAGUUGGGCCGCUGCUGGACUCCUAUGACGGCGGUGCACAAUUCUCCCAUCGCGCAUUGACUGGGGUGUUCGAAUCUCUCAAAGUUGGUUAUGCAGGCAUUCCUACCAUUCAGACAUUACUCCUUCUCAGUGCCCAGGAAUGCGGCCGUGGAAAUCGGACGCAAGCUUGGCUAUACAGUGGGAUGGCCUUCCGGCUGCUAGACGACUUGGGUAUCUCCAUCGACAGCCGGAAAUACUCAGGAUCCGCUCAUCUGAGUGAUGAGGAUAUUGAAAUACGGAACCGUCUAUUUUGGAGUUGUUAUUUCUGGGAUAAAGUGGUUUCAUUGUACUUCGGCCGGGCGCCGACGAUGCAGCACUCUCGCGUUAGUCCGCCGCGCAUGAUUCUCGAUGACACCGCUGAGAUCGAAAUAUGGACACCUCAUGGGGUGAGCUUCACUGACGGUGCUCACUACCCGCCGACGCAGGCGCAUUCAACGUCAUGUUUCAUGAAGAUGUGCGGUCUGGCGGAAAUCUUGAACCAGAUUCUCAUCCACAUAUACGACCCAAUCCGCCGAAGCACUGACUCGGAAUUCUUUGAUUGUGUUCAGGAGCAGGCCAAGAAUUUGAGUGACUGGUGGGAUGAGCUACCAGACUACUUGAAAUUGGUGGCGGUAGACCUUCCUCCAUACUCACCACCGAGCCAUAUCGUGAUUUUGAACUGUCUAUAUCACACUAUCAACAUCCUUCUCCACCGACCCAUUCUCUGCUCUCGGGAGCUGCUCAGAGCCCGCCCCGAGGCACACGACUCCAACCAUCUUGUACAGUGUAUGGCAUCAGCAACAUCAAUCCUAUCUCUCUUCGAUCUAUACCGCCGUACAUUCGGCGACAGCCACGUCGUCCUCUCUCUCGCAUACAGCAUCUAUACAGCAGCAUCGAUUUUCCUGCUCGAGAUCCAAGCCCUGAAAUACGCCGCACCGGGAACACUAGACAAACUCAAGUUCUGCAUUUUCGCCCUUGAGAGAAUCAAAGCCGCCAACCCCGUUAUCACAACAGCGCUCAGUCUCAUAUCCCUGGAGCUCCAAAGACUCCAAAUCAACAUCCACGGACCAAUGCCUGCUCCCAUGCCUGAGACUGAACAGGAACACCCCCAACAUCACCAAUCCUCACCUCAACACCACUCUCACCCCCGCCACCAUCAGCACAGCCAGUCCCCAUCAGUAGGCAGCAACCGAUCCCCCCACGUCUCUCCAGGCCAGCAUCACCACCAGCCACAAGCAUCGAUAGCUACGCAAGUCCAAGCCACCGGCCCUGAAAACCCCCCCGUGAUGGGAACCUACAAUACCUUCCAGCACCCAGAAGCAGGUUUCAACAUGCCACACUCGGGUGAAAUGCCCCAGCUGCCGCCCACGCACUUGCUGGGCGGGAUGCCAAACGCCGUCAUGACGAUGGAUGACCCCGGAUCCUACGAAAUCGCGCCUGAGGUAUAUGAGGCAUUCUCGUAUGCGCAGCCCAUUACGACGAACAUGACGCCUGUCUUUGAGCAGGGCUGGGGUGGACCUUCUCAAUGA